CUUUCUGCUCUCUCUGACCCCAGUGGCAGUCCCAUCUCACUACACCGCUCUCCGGCUUCUCCUCUGUCAGAUCGAGGCUGCUCUCUCUCUCUCUCUUGCUCCCCCUCUCCGCUUCUGUCUGUCUCGUUUCCACAAGAGCCAGCCGAGGUCCCCCAGGGUCGAAGGUUCUGCCCUGCCCGCCCAGACUGCAACCCCCGCCGGCCUCCAAAUCGGCAUUCUCCCGCAUGGAUCUGCGUCUUUUGACAGCGUAGAGGGCGACCCCGGGACACGUAUCCGCCAGAACGAAGAUUGCUGUGUGGUUGUGGUUCAGUGUGGUUGAUCCGGUUUUGUACAGGAGGCGGUUAUAGUUCUGAGCAGCGGUUCUGAAGGAUGACCGCUGAAUGGUUCAGCCUUGGAUCCUGGUGAACAGUGUCUGAUGUCCGAACGGUGGAAGCAUGGCUCAUGGAAUCACCUCUCAGGGCAAAGUGACCAUCACAGUGGACGAGUACAGCUCCAACCCCACACAGGCCUUCACUCACUACAACAUCAACCAGAGCCGCUUUCAACCUCCACAUGUCCACAUGUGGUCUACCCUAUGAGUUUAAGGUGGUGAUAGCAGGGAACCAUGAGCUGACCUUCGAUAAGGACUUUAUGGCUGAGCUGGUGAAGCAGGAUUACUACCGUUUUCCCUCCGUGUCCAAACUGAAGCCCGAGGACUUCGAUGACGUCCAGGACCUCCUCACUAACUGUGUGUACCUCCAGGACUCUGACGUCACCGUCAAAGGCUUCCGGAUAUAUGGGACGCCAUGAGGUGGAUUCAUUCAUAACAUCAUCUAUCAAUGAAUCCAGGCUGCAUCACAUCCGGACGGGAUUGGGAGUCCCAGCGCCGUCCGGGUUUGGCCGGUGUAGGCCGUCAUUGUCAAUAAGAAUUUGUCUUUAACUGACUUGCCUAGUUAAAUAAAGGUUACAUAUCUAUAUUUAUUUAUGUAAUUGUCUAGUUGUAAACGGUAAGCCUCCAACAGACUUUAUAUGACUUGUCUUGGUCCCGUGUUUUAACACACUGUUCCACCACUACAACUCCUCUAGAUCCCUUUGGAAGGGCAGCUUACACCAGGUUAUCUUCCCUCAUUCUCCUCUGUCCCCUCCCUAUAGAGUUUACACCAGGUUAUCUUCUCUCAUUCUCCUCUGUCCCCUCCCUAUAGAGUUUACACCAGGUUAUCUUCUCUCAU